UUCUCUUAGUCAGUAUGUAAAGAUCAGUUGAACGAUCAUGUUCUACAUAGUGAUAUUUGUCGCUUUGGUCACAAUAAUCAUCUCUCGGUUUCUGCACCAGCGCCGGAAGCUCUUACGAUUUACCAGCCAUUUUAAAGGACCGAUUCCGAAUGUACUGCUAGGGAAUUUGAAGGAGUUUGAAACCGAUGUACCAGGGAUUUUCAAGCGAAUGGUGGAGCUGCACGUCGAAAAUGGACCGGACAUCGUUACUUGGGGCGUUGGAAAUGACAUAAUGCUCAAUGUUACCAGUGCGAGCAGUGUUGAGAAGGUUCUGAUGGCCAAAAGUACUGAAAAAUCCACUAUUUAUGACCUCAUCGAACCGUGGCUCGGCAAAGGUCUACUGAUUUCCUCUGGCGAAAAGUGGUUCAAUCGAAGAAAGAUUAUCACUCCGACGUUUCAUUUUAAAAUAUUGGAAGGUUUCACUGAAGUAUUCAAUCGGGAGGCGGAUGUUUUGAUGCAAAAACUAAGGAAGCACGAUUCAGCGGAGGAGUUCAAUGUGUAUAAUUACAUUUCGCUAUAUGCACUUGACAGCAUUUGCGAAACCUCAAUGGGAGUGAGGAUCAAUGCUCAGGAAGAUCCCAACAAUCAGUAUGUGUGUGAUGUGAAGCGAAUGAGUGAAUUGGUUCUGCUACGAAUAUUCAGCCCUAUCAGUUUCUUCCCUACGGUUUACUGGUAUGUAGUUCCAAAAGCGUGGGAGCAACGCAAACUUAUUCGCCGUUUGCAUCAGUUCACUGAUUCAGUGAUCCAUCAACGCCGGGAGCAACUUCAAAAAGAACGACAGCUCGGAGAGAUUGCGUUUGAUCUUAACGAGACUGAUAUGUAUUCAAAGCGUAAGCAAACUUUUCUGGAUCUGUUGUUGAACGUAACGGUAGAUGGAAAACCAUUGUCUGAUCUGGACAUAAGAGAAGAAGUUGACACUUUCAUGUUCGAAGGACAUGAUACAACCACAUCUGGUAUAGCAUUUACAAUUAUGCAACUUGCAAAGCAUCAGGACAUUCAGCAGAAGGUGUACGACGAAGUGGUUUCCAUUUUAGGUAAAAGCAACUGCAAGAAUGCUCAACUCACGUACAAUAGUCUGCAAAAUUUUUCUUAUCUGGACUUGGUGAUAAAGGAAUCGCUGCGACUUCUUCCACCUGUAUCGUUCAUUGGCCGGCGUUUGGUCGAGGAUACGGAGAUAAAUGGUGUUAUCGUACCGGCGGGUGUAGAUGUGACAGUGCCCAUCUACGUUAUUCAUCGCAAUCCGGAGGUCUAUCCGGACCCGGAACGAUUUGAUCCGGAACGUUUUGCCGAUAGUACCGUCCAUCGACGUGGUCCUUACGAUUACAUUCCGUUCAGCAUUGGUUCGCGAAAUUGCAUCGGACAGCGGUACGCAUUGAUGGAACUGAAGAUUACCAUUAUACGGCUGGUGGCGAAUUUCCAAAUUCUGCCCGGAGCGACAAUGAAAGAUAUUCGGUUUAAAACGGAUCUGGUGCUGAGGCCCGAUGGUGGUAUUCCUAUUAGAGUAGUUGAGAGAUGGUGAAUUAAUUACAAGGUGUAUUGAAAAUAGAAUUGUAUUAGACUUUUUAGUAGGUUGAUUAUAGUAGAAAUGUGUACAAAUAUAGGCAACAACCCGAAGGCACCCCAAUGAGCAAAUGUAGAAAUCGUGCUGCAUAACGAUGCUGAAUAAAAGUAACACUGAAAUAAGUGUCGAAAGGGUCAUUUCGGUGCUAUUAUGCUAAUAACUGUCUUGAUAGGAAUUUUUACAAAAUAUUUCUUGGAAAUAAAAAGUAAAAAAAUGUA